UCUCAUUCCUGCUGGUUCUGUAGUACAAGGGAUCCUUUUGCAUUGGCAACAAAAGGGCUUCAAAGGAAUCAUGGGAAUUUCUCCACUUCCCCUCCUUUCAUUAGAUUGCAAUGACCUAAUGUCUGAGUCCAAGAGAAGGUUGAAAGUUAAGAAGCAGAGAGUGUGGGGGAAAACUGUAAAGCGCCAUUGGAGGUGCAGAAGAAGGUCCAGAAGCAUGUUGAUGAAGAGAAUACCAGAAGGUUGUACAAGGACUUUGAACCCUUUCCAAAAGAAGGUUAAAACCCUGAAGAAGCUGAUUCCCAACAAGGAAUCCAUGGGUUUAGGUGGUCUUUUCAGGGACACAGCUGAAUAUAUUAUGUGUUUGCAAAAGAGAGUUAAAGUGAUGCAGAUUAUGGUCAAAGUUUUGACAGGUUCUAAUGAGUGAAUAUAGAUGAUAUUCAUUUGUAAAGAUUGAUAUUCAUAUUCUUUUUUCUCUUUUCUAUGUUGUUUCAUAGCCAUAGGAGUUUGUUUCAUUAUAAAUCUAGGUAUAUCGCUUUAUGUUGUUAAGAUUUAAUUGUAACUUUGAUCAUUCUAUGUGUGAAAAUGAAGCUUGGAUCGGAUUGAGUAUGUUUUAGACAUAUAUGUUAUAAUUAAAUGUAAAUGAUAGUAAUUUCACAA